ACUCUGGCCAUGCUUUUGUGUUCUCCCGCCAUCUAGAUACCUUUCUCACGCAAUACCCGGCACGACCACGUAUCCCCCCUUCACCUGCAACCACUACCAUGUCGACGACGAGCCCACCACGUUCAGCAAGCGCGCGCCCGGACGAGUGGCAGCCGGGCGGCUUUGCGACGAAGCAUGGCUUCUCUUCUGCCACGGACCUUCCUAUGGCACCACGCACCAUGCCCACCAAGGGCCAUAAGACACGACCCUCCAUAACAAACCCCAUGGGUUGGCUGUCGCGAUCGACUACGAACACAUCCAUUAGCCCAGGCAGGCAUCGCGGCGAAGACAAGUCUGAGCGGUCCAUAGAGCAUGGCUCGGAACGCGGAAGACUUGGCGGCGGCGCUAUCAUCGUUGGGACCCCAGAGGAGGCUCUGCAGAAGACGCAUGUGCGCCUGCAGAGCGAGCAACUGUCCCGGCAAUCCGAACCUCUCUCCGAGCUCGGCAAGCAACUAGCUUUGCGGAGGAAGUACUCCAGCCGGAACGAGAAAGGCCACGAGACCUCCAUCUCGCCGCGCAAAGCGCAGACCCCGCUACCGCCUCUGCCAUACGAAGAAGGGGAGGAUGCAGAUCUAUAUGUGGAAGAGGAGGCUGCGGAGGAAGAGGACGAUCAAGACCACACCAUGCGCUCGCGACCUCCCAUGCCUGUCCGCCCAGUACCCUCUCCUGCACUCCCCCCAACACCCUUCACGCGCUCCGAAUCCCCUGUGCCCGGCCCAAGCUCUCCACGUCCACUCUUGAAGCCUGCCCCUGCCCCCUUGCUUGUCACCUCCGAGAGCGUCACUCCGCCUCUACCCAGCGCAGUUCCUCUUCCCGAGGCACCCAUCUUCAAACCUGUCCUCGUCUCUGAGCUUUCCGGCAGCCCGAGCACCACAGACUUGGGCAGGGUAAUCGUCACCUUGGAGACGUGCACAAAGACAUACCGGACCACGGCACAGACCCUCAUGUCUCGACCUUCGAAUUUGGCGACCUACGUGGAAUCCUUGCUACCGAAGCGUGAAAGGACGGAUUCGGCGUCCGUCUACAGCGACGACAUGUCCACGUAUCGCAACCAUCUCACGUCGAUGGGCCUUGUGCGCGAGGUGGCAUCUCAUGUGCACAUAUUCCUUGAUAGACCCAGCUCACCAUACGAACACAUACUCGCAUACCUUCGAACCCCCGAGGCAGAACCAGGCGGCCCGCCGGAAACCCUGCCUCGCGGCGUCCUCUCCCAACCCUCCCCUCGCGCCGAACUCGACGCCCUCCUCGACCUCCGCGACGAAGCCCUCUACCUCGACCUCGAGCCCCUCUACAAGCUCUGCGUGGACGAGAUUCGGCACAUGCACCGCCAGCAGCCCACCCGUACCCACCAGCGCGGUGGCAGCAAUGCCAGCGCGACGAUGAUCGGCUCGCACCAGAGCCUGCAUGCCUCCGUCCACAGCCUGCCGGCACUGGCGGAGAAGAGCGGGCUUGAGCGCAUGGGGCUAGGGUUCACGACGGUGCGCGAUGAAAGGACACCUGACGCGGGCGUCAAGUCUCCGCCGCCGCCGAGUGAGGGCAGCAGGUAUCCCGCUAGUCCGAGGUCGUCGACGGGGCAUAGGAGCAGGUCGUCGAAUGGGCCACCGCCGCGAAGCUCGAGCAAGCCGCCCACGAUACGCACACCACCGCCACCAGCAGGUUGGAUAUGAUGAUGCGAGGCAGCUACCGUUUUCUUAUGGCCUUUUACGAUAACUUAUUCGCUGAGUGGCUUUAGUAGUAGUACACAGUACUCAAUGCUUGGAAUUCCUUGCAUUGCGCCAGGACAUUGACUCUGCCUUUGAUCAUGAAUACAGUCUAGCUGGGCCAUUGCGCCUCCUUGUUAGACACCUUCGCCUUCACGCUCUGCCAGACCAAAUCAUGAUAAAAUCCAGAUGCAUCAUA